AUGCUCGAACGCGCAAGAACUGUCCACAGAUUUGUGAGCCAGCUGAGGUUAGGCUCGAAGCACAGGCAGAGUUUCUGGAAGAAGCCGAGCUCGAACACCACUGUGUCCGAAACCUUACAGACGACGAACAAAUCGCCUGCAAAUACUGUGCUCACAGAUGGCGUCGACACUUCAAAGGAAGCAGCUGCCAACACUUUGCUUCAUGUUGAGUCUACGGAAAUGAGUUUUAUCAGCGUGGAGCACGAUCUGGGCGAUCUGUCGGAGCAGUUUUAUCUUGUUCCCAGCAGCGAGCGGAACGUGCCGUCCAAACAGCAGUCUGAGAGCUCGUCAACGUACUCAGACAGUUUUAACUUCGAGUGGGUCAAUGAUAUCAUCAGCAUGUACAUGACCUACGAAUCCGAGGUGCCAAAAUCGGCUCUGCUCGAGGCAGACUAUGAAUACUACAGUAGUUUUUUGUAA